CUCGUUUGUUAAUGGAGAAAAAAAAGGUCACGAACUCUGACCCUCCCACUAACUGCAGCAAACAGAUAAAAUAUUAAUUUAUUGAAAGCGAUACGUUAUCCUGACAAAAGGCUCCUCGACAGGUGUGUGUGUCUGAUGGGGCUCUGAUGUGACGAGCAGAGUCAGAAGGUGGGCACAGUAUCAGAAUGGAUGGACAAACACAAAGGAUUCAGCUCGUAUCAGCAGACAACAACAUGGCUUUAGGACACAGAAUCCAGAUUGUAACCGAUCAGCAAACUGGCCAGAAGAUCCAGAUUGUCACAGCACUUGAGCCAUCUUCCCCUGGAAAGCAGCAGUAUAUUCUAGCAAAUGCUGAUUAUUCCCCUGGCGGGAAGGUGAUUCUGACGAAGCAGGAGGGUUCACCCAACAAGGUCAUCCUGGGCUCUCCAGACAGCUCUGGGGUUAACCAGCUGCUGUUUACAUCCCCUGAACUGGCUGGGCAGCAGAUUCAGUUUGUGACAGAAGGCUCAGACCAGUCUAUGGUGAAGCCAGUUGUGGAGUACUGCGUCGUCUGUGGAGAUAGGGCCUCAGGGCGCCAUUACGGAGCUGUCAGCUGUGAGGGCUGUAAGGGCUUUUUCAAACGCAGUAUUAGGAAAAACCUGAUAUACACGUGCAGGGGCUCCGGAGAGUGUUCAAUCAACAAGCUUCACCGGAAUCGAUGCCAGUACUGUCGACUGCAGCGCUGCAUAGUUCUGGGCAUGAAACAAGAUUGUAAGGCUGUGCAGUGUGAGAGAAAGCCUGUGGAAGUGACCACCAGAGAGAAAUCUGUCAACUGUGCUGCCUCCACUGAGAAGAUCUACAUCCGCAAGAACCUGUGCAGCCCUCUGGCUGCCACACCCACUUUUGUAUCUGACAAGGAAACUGCUAGGUCCACAAGUUUGCUUGAGUCAAGCAUGUUGCUCAACAUCCAACAACCUUUCCCCAAGUUGGAAAAUACCAUCUUGAUCCCAGUAUCUCCUGACAAGGAUGACCCAUCUCAGAGUGACCUUGGUACGCUAGCAAACGUAGUGACAUCCCUCGCCCAGCUGAACAAGAACAGGGAGGCGAGUGACAGCAGCAACGAUAUGAUGGGAGUUGAAACGCUCAGCAAUGGCGACAGCUCGAUGACAGACGUCCAAGGCGACGAGCAAACUGCAAAUGAUAUCACUCGAGCUUUUGACACCCUGGCUAAAGUCCUGCACCCCGGUGACGGCUCAGCAGCAGACUCCUUGGAGGCUACGAUGCAGCUGAUGUCAGGAGACCAGUCGGGCCCAGUAGUGGAGUUGGAGGGACCUCUCCUCUCUGAAAGCCAUAUCCCAUUCAAGCUCAUGAUGCCUUUGCCUGUGCCAGAGUACCUCAAUGUCAACUACAUCUGUGAGUCGGCUUCCCGCUUGCUCUUUCUCUCUAUGCACUGGGCACGUUCCAUACCUGCCUUUCAAACCCUCGGCGGUCAAGACAACGACAUUAACUUGAUGAAGGACUGCUGGAAUGAACUGUUUGCCCUGGGUCUGGCGCAGUGUUCCAACAUUAUGAAUGUUGGUACCAUCUUAAGUGCCAUUAUCAACCAUCUGCAGACCAGCUUACAGGAAGACAAGCUGUCCCCGGAGCGAAUUAAACUAGUAAUGGAGCACAUCUGGAGGAUGCAGGAGUUCUGUAACAGCAUGUCCAAGCUGUCCCCAGAUGCGUAUGAAUACGCCUACCUCAAAGCCAUCGUUCUCUUUAGUCCUGAUCACCCAGGCAUAGAUAACAUCCCACAGAUCGAGAUGUUCCAGGAGAAGGCCUACAUGGAGCUGCAGGACUAUGUGACCAGGACCUACCCAGAAGACUCAUAUCGGUUAUCCAAGCUGCUGCUGCGUCUUCCUGCCCUCAGGCUGAUAAGUGCAGCUGUCACAGAGGAGCUGUUCUUCGCCGGCCUCAUCGGCAACGUGCAGAUCGACAGCAUCAUCCCUUACAUCCUUAAAAUGGAGUCCACUGAUUAUAACAGCCAGGCGGCGUCUGGGGUCUGACACCAGACUGCAACUUCAGACUGUGAAAACUCUGCAGCCAACCAAUCAGUGUGCUUUGCAGAUUGCUUACUGAGUGGUCAUAACAUACUGUAUUUAUAAAUUCUUUUUCCACUUUACCUGCAUCUGACUCUCUCAGAGGAGCGCGACUCACAAAGAGGUCAAAUCGAAUCAACUCCGAUGGCAAGCAAGCCGCUUGAUACCUGCCCAUUCAGGAAUGAACGCUUUAAACCUGCAUAGUAGAUUGUGCUUUUUAUUGUACAUAGAAUUUUAUGCUUCAUUCUCUCCAGGCCUUUCCUUUUUCUGCAGAUCUCGUUUGUACUUUGAAGGAAUCUGAAUAGUUUGUUUUUCACUGCUUUCCUACAUGGCCAUGCAUUUUUUUAUCUUCUAAUAAUUAUGAAGAAAGAAAAAUUAUCAUGUGAAACGAUGUGUGAGAUUUUGUUAAUGCUGAAGGGUAUAACCUUUUAUUUCUUAUUUGUUGGCCAAUCCAAAGGAUAUGGCAGCAUCAUGUUGACUGUUUAACGCAGAUGAUUCACUUGGAUCAGAAGAAAUUGUGUAUAUAGAUUUGUAUAUAGAAUGCACCAAGAAGGCUAUAAAGGCAGCACUUGGUAAUUAUGUGGAUUCAAUGUUGGUCAUGUCGUUUGACAAUAAAGACAUCUUUCAAUCAUGA